AUGUCGGCUAACGGUAAUGAUAUUGUCAUCAGCGGUAUGAGUGGCCGCUUUCCGAUGUCGGACACUGUCGACGAGUUGGCCAAAAAUCUUUACGCCGGCAUCGAUAUGGUUACCGAAGAGGACGGCCAUCGGUGGCCAAAAGAUUUAUAUGGUAUGAACAGCCGAAUGGGUAAAAUCAAAGAUUACAGCAAAUUUGACGCCACUUUUUUCGGGCUUAUGGAGCAAAUGACCGAAAUAUUGGACCCGCAGUCGCGUCUACUAUUGGAGGCCACCUAUGAGGCCAUUGUCGACGCAGGUAUAAAUCCACAGUCGAUGCGCGGCUCGCGUACCGGUGUCUACAUCGGUAUGUCUGUCUAUCCGAUGAUUGACAACUAUCCGGAGGAACACCAGCCGGAUCUGGUAUCCAAUAAACAGUCGACAAUGUUUCAGCUGAUGGCCGGUAUGCGCUGUCUGUACGCCAAUCGGAUAUCCUAUGUGUUUGACUUUCGCGGUCCGUCGCUGAUGGCCGACACGGCCUGUUCGGCCAGUCUGACCGCAUUCAAUCUGGCCUACAAUGACCUACGACUAGGAAACACCGAUUAUGCCAUCAUUGGCGGCACCCAUAUGACACUCCAGCCGUUUAUACUGCAGAUGCAACAGGAAUCGGGUCUGUGUUCACCGCGUGGUGUGUCGGCAGUACUCGACCAGUCGGCCGACGGUUUUGUCAAAGGCGAAGCCGUUGUCGUACUAGUACUACAACGUCGACCGCAGGCCCGCCGAGUGUACGCCCGUGUGCUGACCUCGCGGUUGAAUAUUGACGGCAAAAAAACUAUUGGUAUGUUUUAUCCGUCAGCCGCCGCACAACAGGACCUAAUGGUCAAGUCGUACAGUGAGGCCGGUAUCGAUCCGCUAGAGUUGACCCUAUUUGAAGGUCAUCUAACUGGUACUAAGGCUGGCGAUCCCCAGGAGGUUAAGUCCAUCUAUAAGGCCUACUGUGAACUACCCGGUCGUACCGAACCGUUGCCAUUGGGUGUACUAAAGAGUAAUAUCGGCCAUACAGAGGGUGCGUCGGGUUUGGCAUCAAUUGUCAAAGUUAUCAUUGCCUACGAAAACGAGUCGAUACCGCCCAAUAUUAAUAUGACCCAGCUCAAAGAUGAACUGAAAGCCUACUGUCCACCAUUGAUGCCCAUUACUCAACCCUAUCCAUAUAAACCAGGUAUUGCCGGUAUCAAUAACUUUGGCAUCGGUGGUGCCAAUGGACACGUACUACUUGAACCAAAUUACAAACUGUUAACCGAUGCCGACUUGUCGAUAGCCGAUCCCAUACCACGUUUGGUCAACAUUUGUGGCCGAACCGAAUCGGCGGUCAACUAUAUUAUGGAUUUUAUUCAACAAAAUCCUAGACGUGUGACCAAACAAUUUUUGGCACUUUUAGCCGAAACCAUGAGAUAUACACCGGAUAUUAAUUCAUCGGGAUUUCCCUAUAGAGGUACAUUGUUUAUUAAGAAAACCAAUGGCGGCGACACCCAUGUCACUGAUGACGGCAACAAACAAUAUGACUAUCGGAGACAAUUGGGUUUUAUGAGUCGGAAAACACAACGUCCACUGUGGCUACUGUUUCCCGGACUGGGCGGCCAAUGGCCGGGUAUGGCCCGGGCAUUGAUGCCCGUCCAAGUAUUUGCCGAUAAACUUGGGGAAUGUCAUCAAAUACUUCACGAGCUGUUUGGUGUCGAUCUCAGACAUAUACUACUCGCGGACGACCCCUUGGCUAUCGCAACAAUGACUGCUAAGUUUAUAUCGACUACCGCUAUGGAGAUUGCAUUGUACGAAGUGAUCCGAUCGUUGGACAUCCCUAUCGCGGGUAUAAUUGGCCACUCGUUUGGCGAGAUUGCUUGCGGCUAUGCGGACGGUUGUCUAACGACCAGACAGGCUAUGAUUGUUAGCUACUAUAGAGGUUCGUGGUAG